UAUCGUCAAUCGACACCAAUCGCGCCCCGAUUCGCGCUUCUUAUCUUCCAACGACAUCGUUUUUUCUCCAUCUUCGUACAAUGCACAAUGCUUAAUUGAAUGUUGCUUAUUCUAAUUGUUUCUUGUUACGCCUUCCUGGGAAACCGUACGCGAUCUGAUCUAUAAUAGACGCGUUUCUCGAUAUAUUCGCGAUGGUCGGGCCACGAGCGGCGCGUCUGCCGGUCGGCUCUGCGCCAUGGAUCUCAGAAGAGAGGUCAUCUGCUCUGCAGAUUGCACAGUCAGAGGUUGAGGAAUUCUCUUUCUCCGCUAGAAACGACUUUGACUGGUUGAAUGAGCAUAUGGCCGAGAUAUUUAGCGAAAAUCAAAUCAACGUUGCAGAAAUAUUUAAAACCCCAGGAAAAUUACGAGGCAAGACUCCUCGAACGAUCCGGAAAAUAAACGCGGGAGAGGCUCGUGUCCCCCUCUCUAACAUAUUUUCCGCUACGCCUAAAGGGGCCCCGAACCCUUUUAUCAUACCUAAUAUGAAUCGAAGUAAUACGCCUAAGAUUGAAAUUGCUGCAGACCCCCAACCAUCACCCCCCAAGGCAGUUGCGCCAGAGAGUCCCUUGAAGCAUGCGGCUUCUCCAAAACACACGUCCUCAGCCCAGCCGUUUUCUGUUGCGGAUUCCGGAUAUCAUGGUAGCCAGUCCCAGGAUAUAAUGGAUGUUGAUCAUUCUGUAGUGGAUGACGAGGCAACACAACCAUUUAGUCCACAGGCGGACACGCAGAGCGACGAUGUAGCUCUUGAUACUUCUCCUAACCAUCAUGGACAUGACAGUCCAGCUCCUCACUCGCCAAAUCCUACAGUUGAUACGAACGUGGGCGACCUUGACACACAGUAUCUCACUGCCCACGUUCCGCUAGGAGCCUCAUCUGAUAAAGUAGAUGGUCCUCAGGAGAGCACUACGCCGGCGGGUUCACCCUUACGAUCACCUGCCUUGCCGGAAACAUCCCCCGCGGAGCACUCAGCUGUUGUUAGCAUAUCUGGUGCUGAAGUUGAAGACAAUAACUUAGAAGUAGAUGCAAUGGAAACCGUACCUGAGGAGGAGCCGUCGAGAUCCUCUUCUGAGAGCUCAAGUCCUAUUCGACCUAUUGUUCGGAAAAGUAGUCUCAAUUUUGCUUCCUUGCCUGCAAGAGAACCUAUCACGCAUAAAAGCAUAGGCAACCGGGUAUCAAGGACUAGCCACUUGGAGCAGAAUCGAACGAGUUACUACAACCGACAUACUGGAGGAAAGAGUUUGGGACACACAAGACAUGAUCUUACGGACGAUGAUAAUGAUGACAUGGACAUUGACGAGGACCCAUCUAUUCAAGAGCCUCAGUCACAAUCGGCGCCGGAUAAUACAGUCGCGCAUAACAAGACUUAUACGCAACGUCUUCAGGACCAAAUCAGCAAAUUAGGCCAAGCGCAAACACAGACUUCCAGGACUUCCAAGUCAAUUCCGGGUCCUUCUGUCGCUCAAACAACAACAGUCGCAGCUCCUGCGCCCCAGUCUUCGUCUCAGGCGAAGCCGUUGCCCUCACCCAAAAAGACUACAACUCCAGGCGCUUUUCCGGACGAAGACGAUGAAGACGACUGGAUUGGACCUCUUGGUUCGCCUGAGAAUGCGUCUGACUUCCGUAGUCCUCGGCCUGGACUAGCUAAAAGCUAUACUGCCGACGUGAUGGAGGGUGUAUCUGGUAAGGAUACUGUCAGCGGUGGCGAUUUUUCAGUGUCGAAGACUUCUCAGGACCAGGCCAAGUCUCCUGAGCGCCCUCCGACGGAGGAACGGGGGGCUACUACUUUUGGCCACCACAAGUCCGCAUCCGUCCCCUUGUUGCCACUUCAAGAAGCUUCGGGGGCUGAUGGGGAUAACCUUACGAAGACUAUCUCUGCGUCUAACCCACCCCUUGCCACUGUCCAUGAAACAGAUAGGCCUACUACACCUACGAAGUCACCAUCGCGAGGCUACAAAGAUAGUCCUCUAAAACAGGUCAAGAACAAGCUGUCGUCAAUUCUCAAAGGUUCCAAAGGCUUGCUAGCUAGUAGCGCUGCUAUUAGUGCCGAAGGGAAAACCUCGCUCUUGUCACCAUCUAGUACUAGAUUGGGCCUACACAUAUUUCCGUCUACUGAUACACUUGCUUCCCCCAAAGGAAAGGAUGUGCAGCCUCUCUACCCAGAUCUAUCUCGUCUUGCUGUGGAUACUCAGACUCUUGAGAGUGUAGGUAGUCCGACACGACCAGAGGCUCGAAGAACGAGGGCUUCAAUAGAGCGGGAAAAGGCUGAGGAGAAGCGUAAAGAAAAGGAGGCGAAAGAAGCUCGACGGAUGGCCGAGCAAAUGGGCAAGCUCGAGAAAGCCCGCGAGAAGGAGCGUGAGAAAGCGCACGUGUUCAGCCAAGAGCAAGAAAGAGUUGCCGCGAUGGAGAAACAGGUUGCUGUCCAGAAGGAGCAGGAGAAGAAAACAGUCCUGCAGACCCCUGGUAAUACAUCGAAAUCAGUCCGACCUAGCCCGCGAAAGGCCAAGACGCAACCUGCUACCGAAGAGAAACCAGCCGCUAGCAGUUCUUCUGAUGAAAAGCAGGUAGAUGAUGUUGACAUGGUUGACGCACCCAACCCAAUGCCACCGCCGUCGGCUCCUCGGUCUAUUGCACCUCCUUCGGCUACUAAGGGUCGAGAGAUUAAACGGCCUAUCAGGCCUGGAAAAGAACCAGUGGCCAAACCGAAGCAGGCGCCCACCGUAAUUCGCGUGAAUAUGGGUUCGCAACAUUCUCAAUAUAAUCCUUCCAACAGUUCUCUGUCAUCAAGCCUUCAUGAGACGCUUUCCCAAUCUCAAGGCAAAAAUAAAUCUAACCAGCUUCCACUACACAAGCAGUCGUUGCAGAGUCUUAAGAGCUCAACGUCAUCUUCGGGCCGGCCAAAAGCACUCGACGCGGCGGCCAGAAGGAAAGAGCAGGAAGAACGCGAAGCGCAACGCAAACGUGACGCAAAGGCUGAAUUAGAGCGCAAGAGAACCGCCAUGCAGGAAGAGGAGAGGCGCCAAGAGCAACAAAGAAGGGCAGAAGCUGAGCGGAAGGAGGAAGAACGAAAACAAGCUGCGGAGGCUAAGAAGAAUGCACAGAGACAAGCAAUGCUCGAAAGGGCGAAGCAAACUAGAGCUCCCCCACCGGCGGCUAGGAGCCAGCCAAAUGGGCCCCCUGACUACAGCCGUGCCGAAGCUUCUAUUCCCCGUCCGCCCUCUCGCUUAGCCUCGAAUCUGCAACGUUCCCAAGAAGAUAUUGGACGUCCAGUCAACGCGGUAUUGUCGAAUGCAUCUAAGGCGCCUACAAAACGACCAUUGCAACAAGAUUAUAAAGACGACAACGCCCGCGCAGCCCCCUCCCGUGCCACGACUGGCUACCAGUCAAAAGAGUCGAAGCGAAUGCGCAUGACUGACGAAUUCGACGACGAUGUUGAGAUAGAGAAGCAGCCAAGCUUAAAAGGGGCGCCUGUACGCCCAUCGGGUGGCUAUAAAAAGGAUAUGCCGACCAAGUCGAUGUUUACAUCUGGAUAUACGAAUGUGCCGUUGAAUAACAGGGAUCUAUUCAAGACUACUGUAACGAAUCAGCACAACAGCCAAGUUAAGACUGCACAUCCGUUGGACAUGGCUCAGGUGUCUAAGGCUCCUAUCCCCUUUGCACCCAAUCCAAACGCGGGCGGAUCAUCUUACAAGACACCUGCGCGACCUCAGGGAGUCAUGACUGCCAAGUCCGUCGCCAAGUCAGCAACGAGGUCUUCUCCGCGAUUCCAGAAUGGCGAGUUGAUUGACUUGCCGGAGAUUAAUACAGACGACGAAGACGAUGAAGACGAUGAUGGUGGAAAGGACAUGGUUGCGUCUUGGGCCGACUCACCAAACCUUCGGCAGGCGCUUGUGGAACAAGAGUCCAAAGAUCCUUUCCAAGUUUUCGGGGCGCCAGGACCGUUGAAUAUGGAGGAGGUGUUCGCCAAGAGCAAGGAUCGAUUCCACAAGUUCCGCGCUCGAACUUCAAGCGCCAACUGGAGCGGCUCCGAUAGGCUAACAGAGGAAGAUAUCCGAAAGGAUCUUGCGGCACGUGACAAAAUAAGACGGGAUGGUGGAUGGAGCUAUGAAAUGAGCCGAGAUAUGGUAUAGAAAUUAACAAGGCCGGCUAUCACUGGACCCCGCGGGAUGGUUUAAAGGAACCAGUUUUAGCGGGAAUUAUUGCAUUGAACAGGUGUUGUUGGUCCACCUUGAUCAUGGUAUUCUAUGGCUUGGUUGAGGGUUUUGGCGUUUACGGUAUUAGGGAAAGGUUACUACAUUGGCGCUCAUGGACAUAUGAGAACUCAAAACGCAGAUAGGGUUGGCCUGGCCUGGUCUGGUCUCAACGUAGGGAAAUAUAACUAAGCCUUGAAUGAAUGAGGCCUUCCAUACUUCAUAAUGUUUCGAUGGUAGCUUGACAACUGUAACAUGUGUAAGUAUCUAUGUGUAAGUAUCUGCUUCUGCGGGGGAAAACGUGGUUUAAUGUGUCAUGAC